AUGUACACGAGGAGUUAUAUGCUUGCCAUAGCAUCGAUUCUGAUGUUAUGGUGUGGGGCCGAUAUGUCACGUGGUAAGGUUAUUUACUCCCCCAACGUGAUGACGGAAGAGAUUUUGGAAGCCUUUGCCGCUCCAUUUGUUUCUACUGGGGGUGCGAGUGCGUAUGCUGGUGCCGAUGGCAGCGUGUGUAUAUCGAACGGCGUCUAUCAGUCUUAUAUCCCGUUGACACUCACCAUGAUGAGCUAUCUCUACGGAGUGGUGAACAAAGGUACGUUUGAUCCGUUUCACGGGUGCUACCUUUCCGCCGCUUCUCCUGACGGGACGCGCAUGUGUGUAGCGAAUAUUUCGUCGUCUCCUGCUGAGUGUGGUGGCAGUUCCGCUGAGUCCCUCAACAUCUCUGACUCUGAGUUGGAUGUAGGACACAUCAACCAUAUAUAUAAGUCAGGUGCAGAAGCGUUUGUGGCAAGCAUCAAACUCCAAUAUGGGGCUCAGCAACUGAGGCUCGCGAGGUCUUUGUUAUAUACACGUGAGAUCGAGAAAUUACUGAGCACGCAAAGUAAACUGUUAAUGAAUAGUUUAUCUGUUACGCAGUCAAGUGAUCAAAUGGAUGCUCUAUUAGCUAUUUCUACCUUACAAGUCAAAGACAUUGUUCAAAAAUCAUACGAUAUCGUGAUGGACAAGUAUGACGUACUCAGGGGAUGGCUGAACCAGUCGCUUGGUGCUGUUGUUGAGGUGCCUGAGGGUGGUGAUAUGUUGCACUCAUUACAGGAGGUGUGCCCUCUCAGUAAAUUAAUAGAUAAUCUGAUUCAUGAACUAAGCCCAGAUAAUGUGCUAACAACCGCUAUUUUUUCGAUUCAUGAUUUAAUUGAUACAACGCGGAAUCAGCAGAAUCACUUAAACAAGAUUCAGCCACUCGUAUGUCUACAGGGGAUCUACGCUGUGGCAGCACUUGCGAUUGAAGAUUCUAGAAUUCGCAGCUUACAUGAUAGGUUUGCAAAGGGGGAGAUAUCUUUAAAUGAUACAUCUACUCAGAUUAAGUUCUUGGGGUAUCUGAAAGAUUCAAAAGUAACGCUUCUCCAUGAUUUUGGAAUUGCUUUCGAAAAUCAUAUGGAUACUUUAGUCAAGCAACUGUUUGGAACCCGUGGGGACGCGAUGGGGGAGUGUUUAAAACGUGCUGUGCUUCGAGUUCCAUACACCUCGACCGGGGAUCUGCCGCCGUCGGUAUUCUGGUGCCUAAAUCCGAAGGUGGCGCCAGCGAAGGCUCGGCGUGUGAUUCUGCCGUUCGUCUCGGAAUACGUCGCGACCCGGUGUCCACCUGGGUACAGUCUUUGGAAUGGCAGUUGCGGGGGAGAAUUCGACGUGAAGCGAUGUAAGCUGUGCCCUGCUGGGUCGGUGCUUAAGACGGACGGAUAUUGCGGAUGCGCCGACCCUGAUUCGUACGUCCAACUCUCCGGUGGAUGCGUUAAGAAGGGGAAUAGCAACGAGCCUCCAACGUUUAAAUGGGAGUUGGACGAGGGCAGCGUGGUAGUGGUGCCGAGUGACGACAACGAUGACAGUAACGUAAUGAAAGCCCUGUUCAGUGUAAGUCUACCACCGACGGCCACACUGUACGACGAGAGCGCAUAUCUUUCCGUGAGUGCAAACUGCGAGUUGGGGGUGACGUUAUUGAUGAUGAUACCGGUGGUAAAUCGGGGCACGUCUUGUAACGAGAGUAUCAAUUACGAGCGACGUGUCGAGCGGACUGGCCGGAUGUUUGUAGGCGCCGGCCACGGGGGGAGGGUUGUCGCGGAAACGUACUCUACAUUACUGAAGGUGUUAGUGGUGAAAACCGGAGGCAUUUUCGGCGACAAGUGUACAUUUACCGCUACUGUGGGAAGCACCCUGCGGAAGGCGUCGAAAACCAUACCGGUUGGCACGGUAACGCUGCUGAUUCAGGCGGCGUUGCCGAAACUCGUAAUUUCGCGCUUGCAACCGUACGCUAAUCACACGUGUGAUGCAGUACCCUCUUACACUGCACAGGAGGAUAUGAUAGUGGUGGGGGUUUGCAUACAUAAAGGAGGUGUGAAAUCACUUUACUACGAUACACGUAGGUAUCGUUUUUUGCCCAAAUCAGGGAUAGAUGCAUUGCUUAACGGUACGGAUACCCGUUCUGAUACCUCCUCACUAGAGAACGUUGUACACGCGCUAGAUGACCGCAUUGGAUUUCGCUCGACAGUGUUGGGGAGGUACGGCGAGGUGCUUGACGAGAAAGACUGGAUCCCCUCGCACAAUAACACAGUGGGAGUGACAUGGCGUGGGGUAUAUGGUCAGCAAGUAAGCCUCAAAGUGUUGGGCGAGAUGCGCCGCGUGCGUGUGGAGGUCCUGGAUAUGCUCAAUGGGAGUGCGUUAGCACCACAGCAGGAUGAAGUGGACUAUGCGCUUUUCGCAUACGAACUGGAUGCAUUGAGUGCUGAAGACCCUCAUGAGCACACAGACAGCGGUGAUGAUAGCAGCAUCAAGAACGAUUUGUUCAGAGACCCCAUGUUGCGCGUGUUUACAUAUAUAUUUCUAACCCUUUGCAUCCUGAAUUUAUCUCAGAUUAUACUGAUGUUUUUUUUGAAGCACCUAAUUCGUAAGGAAGAAAAAAGGGCUGAAGAGCGUGAGAGGUGUCACCUGGAGCAAGUGCAGAGUUAA